AUGACGAGUUUCAAACCCCAAUACACUCCCCUCAACCCCUUGGCCCCCGAGUACACGCCCAUACCACCCGGAAUCACCCGUCACCCCCACGCGCCACCGCCACCUCCGCCGCCGACGCUCUUCCUCCUCCCGCCGCCCCAACCCGCCUUCCGGCCUCCUCCUCCGCCGCGCUUCCCACCACAUCUCUUCCCCACAUACAUAUCCCCAACACCCCACCACCACACACAACCCUACCGCACCACCGCCAAUCUCCCACCGCCGCCGCCGGAGGGGAGAGUCCCCGCCGCGCAGAGGUGGCGGCCGCCGCCGCCGAGGAGGGUUUUGUGGGAUGUCGGCAGAAGCCGACGUGGCGGGUCUUGUGGGGACCAAAACAAGUUGGUCGCCAUGCACAAAAAUGGAAAGAGGAGCCAAGUUUUCCCCCUCAGAAGAGACGAACACAAAACAACAAUCAUGAUCAAGAAUAUCCCUUAUGAAUGCCCAAGAAAAGAGCUUAUAAAUCUCAUGGACCAUUUUUGCUUGAUGGAAAAUGCCAAGGCAAAAAAUAAGGGAACAUCCGAGGAAAGCAGCACAAUCACCGCCUACGACUUUCUGUACUUGCCGAUUGAUUUUAGUACGAAAAAGAGCAGAGGCUUUGCAUUUGUCAACUUCACAAGUGCUAGUGCAGUUUGGAGGUUCUAUCAAGCUUUUCACCUCAAAAAUUGGGAUUUUAUUGAGCAAACAAGGUGGACAAAAAAGAUUGAGGUUGUCACGGCCAAAAUACAGGGAAAGGAGGCGCUAGUGAACCAUUUCUCACAGUCCAUUUUCGACUGUGACAGCGAUGAGUACCUUCCGGUGACUUUCUGGCCAGCGAGGGACGGCUCCGGGCAGUCCGGUCAGCUGACCGCAGUUGGAUUACGUGGAUAUCGGGAAGCCCACCGUCAUCAUAAGCGCUAGCUAGGAAUUUUAUGCUUUAG